AUGCGAGAGCCAUGGACAGAGGCUUUCGCGCCCCUCCCGGCGCUCGCGCGAGAUGACAGAGCGGAGAUGGCGGAGCUGCCCGUGAUGCUUGCCAAAACUUGCAUGGCGACGGCGACGUGCCAAAUGGCAAGCAUCAAGAGGAUUCUUCACGGGAAGACUUGGAACAACGACUCCAAGUGCAGGCAAACAUGGCACGGCUGCCCUUGGCGCUUCGACGAAACGCCGGCUUUGAAGAAGGAUUGCGGCUUGUCGAACGAGCUCCACGUCACGCAGCCUGCAGUUGAAAGUGCCGAAGAUUGUCAAGAACAGAACUUCAUUGAAUUUCCAUCAAGGUUUGAUUCCAAUGCAACCAAUGGGGAAUCAGCUUGUCUUUCCUUGACACCUCGGAUGCCACAAGAUGCAGAAGCCAACCUACGGGAUGCAGAGGCAGCCAUGAAGAAGGAUGAGACGGAUGCAAAGAAGCCAGAGAGAUGUGAACUUAAGCAGGAAAGCGAUGAAAGCAUUGCGAGCAUUGUUACGUCGCGCGGAGGUGCGAGCUUCCAUACUGCCAGCUGGGUGGUGCGAGACGUGCGAGAGCCGAGAGAAGCUCGAAAACAAGUGGAGCGAGUCGAGCCUUGUGGGGGCAGCGGCAGCGGCGGCUACAGAUCUGCGUUGGAUUUGUUGCGCGAGUUGCGUGAGCUCAGUGAGCUGUCAGCACAGCCAGCGCAGCCAGCCCAGCCAGCCCACCUCGGCACGAGGCACAAGAAGCGAGGACAGGCCUUGUCCAACCCAGGCCUCCCCUUGGUCAUGGAACAUCACCAUGUGCACAGAUAUCGUCACAGACAUCACCGGCAGGUCGUCGAGACAGAAGAGGAGGCGAUGUUGGCCGCGCUCAAAGUGCCGAAGACAUCACGACAACAGCCAGAGGAAUUGACUGUGCGAUUGCCUGCUUUGAACACGAAACAGCGAGUUCCCGCAAAGCGCAACAAGGAGCCUUUGCACAAGUCUUUGUCUCUUCCUGUUCUACGUCACCGUCACGGUGAGUGCAAUCCUGCAGCUCUGAAUAUCUGUCGUCUGAAACGCUGA